AUGGAGUUAGUAGGUGAAAAUAUUUUUCCUGUUAAACAGAGUCCACAGGGAAAAGGUCGCAAAAAACUUCUUCAACCAGAAACACAUAAAAGGAAUGUUGAUAAACUUGCUAGAUAUAUACCAAAAGCGCUGCCGACCAUUCCAACUUGUGGUCAUAAUGGACGACCUGGAUUGGCCUAUUAUUGUACCACACUCACAAUGAAGCAGAUUAAAGAUUUCCAUGCCUACCUUUAUCAGUCAAAAGAUAAAAUUAAACAAGACCUUCUAAUAUUGGCUUGUUGUAAGGGACAAAGUCCGAAAACAGGAAAAUCUAAUCAUGCUGCACCGGCGAUAAAAUACCAUGUACGUUUGAGUGAGGGCGAGUUGAUUAGAGUAUGUGCCAAAUCAUUUCUCGGAAUCACAAAUUUAAGCAAAGACCGCAUACAAAGAAUUGUAAGAAAUUUUGUUGUCACAGGGGAGCUACCCAGGAAACGUAGAGGUGGCAAUAGAGUGGGUCCAAAAAAUGACGAAACAAGAAACUGCAUCAAAAGAUUUAUUGAAUCCAUUACAUGUACCGAGUCUCAUUACUGUAGAAGCAAGACAAGCGUGAGGGUCUACCUGCCAUGUGACUUGAAUUUCAAGAAACUUUUCGACCAUUAUCUUCGGAGAGUGCCUCAGCCUAUGCAUGUGAAGCUUAGUUAUUUUCGAAAGUAUGUGAAUGCUAACUACAACAUCGCUUUUGGAACUCCGUUGACUGACUGUUGCUCCACUUGCUUGAGAACAAAGGAGCAGUUGAAAGUAGCAACUUCUUUAGAUGUUCGUCAAAAGUUAGUCACUGAGCAUCGUGUUCAUAUCGCAAAAGCAAAGGCUUUUUUCAAACUCCUAAAAAAUCAAAAACCAAACACAACUUACUUUUCAUUCGACUGCCAGAAAAACUUGGCACUGCCUAGACUGCCUGAUCAAGCAGCAUAUUUCAGCCAGCAAAUCAACUAUAAUAAUUUUACAGUUGUCGCUGGAACUUCUACAGAUAAAUUAAGACCAAAAAAUGUGUUUUCUUACUUGUGGACAGAAAUUGACGCCCGCAAAGAUUCUAAUACAAUAGCAUCAGCUUUGCAAUAUGCUCUAAAGAAUUUUGAUUUUCAUCCCAGCAAAGAAACAGUACGUUUGUUCGCUGAUGGUUGCGGCGGACAAAACAAAAAUACGAAUAUGAUGGCAAUGUUGGCUUACUGGCUCCUAGAAGAAUCGCCGAAACAUAUUAAACAAAUUGAAUUGAUUUUUCCGAUCGUCGUUAAAGGUGAGCCCAAUUACUGCAGUGACGUUGGACAAGCUAAAAGCGUUUGUAAAAAAAAAUUUUCCCUUCCUUCAAUGGCUCCUGAGAAAUUACCACUGGGAAAAGGAAUAAAGGGGGAUAAAUCAACUAUCAAUGUUCUCCUUUCCAACCACUACGGAGCAAAUUGGAGAAGCCUUCCUGAACUGAAUUUUUACAAAGAACACUUGAAGACAGCUUCUGCCUCACCAGAAGAAACCGUUGAUAGUUUGGAAAAUUGCCAAAAUGCCGAGAAUGACUGUUUUUUCGUUUGA